AUGACAUAUCCUUAUCACAAGAGCUAUUUACAAAGCAAUUUCAAUGGAAUGGGAGAGGGAAUGGGUUCAGAGAACAAGACAUUUAUGAUAACUGGCAGAUAUGCAAGUUCCCAGUCUACGCUCCUAGAUGUACAAGAAGAAGAAGAAGAAGCUUAUGAGCAACCAGUAUUUGGUGAUGAAGAUGAAGAAUUAGCUGAAGAUGAGACAAAUAUCGGAAAUGAAGAUUUGCCGAAUUAUGGUUCAGAUAGCUACUACAAUUGGAAAUUCGAUGACAAUGAAAAUCAGAAUAAUGAUCCAGUACAUAAUGAGCAGCAUAUUCCAGACGAAAAUAAUAGUUUCGACAAAGAAACUCACAAUAAUAAAGAUGGUGAAGAAGCAGCUAUGGAGAUGCCCGAAGGAGUGGAGCAGCUAACUCAAGAAGAUAUCCGUAUUUUCCUUGAAAAUGAAAGUGUUGUUGCAGCAUUACAAGCUAGUCAGGAAGUUACUGGGCAUCAUGCUCCACACUUAAACAUGAAAGCGGGAAACUACAAAGGCAAAAAUAUUGGAAAUGCUAUUGGCACGAGAAGAACUUACACAUGCAGUAAGUUUGGCAAAGUAGUUGCACCUGAGGUAAUUGAGGAAAGGAAGAAGAGGAGACAAGAGAGAAACCAAGAGAAAGCUGGUUCUGGACCGCCACCUAAAACAAGAAAAAGAAGAAGAAAUAUAAAUCCUGUUUCAGGUUGCAAAGCCAAAAUGGUGGUUACACUAAAAGGAGACAAGUGGGUUGUGACAAACCUAGAGUUGCACCACAACCAUGAGUUAAGUCGCCCUGAUGAGAGCAAAUUCCUGGCAUCCCAUAGACAUAUGACCGAUCAAGAGAAGCUCUUCAUUCGCACUUUCACUUCUGUGAAGCUUCCAGCACGAAAGAUAAUGGCAAUACUCACAUACCUGCGAGGAGGAAAGCCAAAGAAUGUUCCUUACAACAAGAAAUAUGUGAGCAAUGUCAUGACUGCAAUCAGAUUAGAAGACAUCACAAAUGAUAUGAUGAAAGUUCUAUCUUAUUUUAGGCAGAGGCAAGAAGAAGAUCCAAGGUUCUACUAUAAUUUUGAUCUUGGAGAAGGGAACAAGGUCAAAUGCAUUUUUUGGUCUGAUGGAUUUUCUCGACACAUGUAUGACUUAUACGGAGAUUGCCUUAGCUUUGACACAACAUUCAAGAUUAACAAGUAUAACCUCCCAUUUGCUCCUUUUGUCGGAGUGACAGGACAUGGCCACAAUUGCCUAUUUUCUUGUGCAAUAAUCAAUAAUGAACAAGCAAGUACCUUUGAGUGGUUAUUCGAGGAAUUCCUCAUAUGUAUGGGAGGGAAGCAUCCUGCAACAAUUAUCACAGAUGGCGACUGGCCACGCGGCGUCCAAGAUGCUGCAAUGGCAAGAGCAAUAAAUGAAGUUUUCAAACAAUCUUGUCAUAGAAACUGCUUCUUCCAUAUAAAGAGAAAGUCGGAAGAGAAGUGUGGAGGAAGCUUUAGUAAUAUGUGGGAAAACAGAAAGAAGUUUGUCCCCGUUUACUUCAAGCAUAACUUCUUACCUUUCAUUCACUCAACUGCAAGAAGUGAGGGCACUAAUGCAAUCUUCAAAGACAAUGUAGGGUCUACAUAUAGUGUUAUCAGCUUCUUGGGUGAAUACCAGAAAAUAUCUGAAAACAUAGAGGAAUUGGAAAGAGAACAUGAUUCAGUAACAAGGAUAACAGAGCCGGACUAUUGGGUGCGUAGCGAGAUAGAACUUCAAGCUGGUCGCAUGUAUGAGGUCUACAAGACACCUAUGCUACAACCGCAAGAUUUCAGGUCCAGAAAGUACCUUGUUUCUGUAAACCUACAAGCACAAGAAUUCGCCAGCAUAUGCUGCAAGUUUGAGAAGGAUGACAUAAUAUGUGCACAUAUACUGAGGGUCCUCAUCCACCUUAACUUGUCAGAGCUUUCUGAAAAGUACUACAUCAGUAGGUGGAGGCCAAAAGAUAGAAAAUACAUGAGAGAUAAGCAGUCCAUCCCAAUAGAUCUAAAAACAAGUAACAAACAUCUGAGAUACUGUGUGCUAUCUAGGAAAUUUUGCAAUAUUUCCUCGGAAGGAGCUGUGACUGAAAGGAAAUACUUGUUCUUGCUGGAUGAAAUCAAAAGGAUAGAGGACAGACUAGAUGAAAUGACUCAAGAAGAUGAAACUGCGAAAUUCCAGAAAAGAGGAAAGGGCAAACAACCAUGUGCAACCAGUGAACAACAAAAAACAAGUGAACAACAACAUAAAGAUGGUUUCCCUGAUAACCUACAAGAUCCUGAUGUUGUUCCUUCGAAAGGACGUCCAGAAACUUCUAAACGACAAAGGACAUUCGUUGAAGAAUUGAUGUCAAAAAAUCAAAUUACAUGCAGCCACUGUGGUUCGCAUCAACAUAACAUUGCUACAUGUACAAUGAGGCACAUACCCAAGUCAUUUUUUGAGAAAAGUGUGAAAACCAGCAACAAGAAGACAGCAGGUAAAGCUGAUGGUGAGAAUACAACAAAGAAGCAAACACAAAAGAGAAACCAGGCGAAAUCAACAGGCAACAUGAAGAAGACAUCGUCAAAAAGCUAG